CACGCUAUCAAAUUCCAAAUGAGAUAAUUUCACGACUCGACUCGAACCAAGACAAGGUUCGGCGCGCAGGACUGUUUGCUUUAGGUGGUCUACUCUACCAAGUGUUUUCAGGUUUCGAGAUGCUGAGCCACCUUGGCAGUGAUGUAGAGGAGGAGUAUAUAAGGUCUUGUUUUGUUAAGGGAGAGUUUCCGGGAGAUGUUUGGGGAUUGGAAUGUGCGGUGAAGAUUCUGGCUUGCUGGUGUCCUGGAUUUGCAGAGGAUUUGUUGGUUGCUCAUGGCGAGAACGAAUCCGUACUUUCAAAGUUUGCCAGCUAUUUCGCCAGCUGUGCCAAAAAGCAUCCUAUCCUGUUCGGCAUCCAAGUUGCGGGUGGCAUUAUGUCCCUAGCCUCCAUUGCCGCCGUGCCUGUCCUCGGCGUCGUGGGAUUUGGAGCCGCAGGGCCGAUCGCUGGGUCUACUGCCGCUGCAUGGCAGUCCGGUAUUGGUCUAGUGAAAGCCGGUAGCAUAUAUGCCUGGUGUCAAAGUGCUGCGAUGGGAGGAGCGGCUAUGGGGCACAUUGUGGCUACCGGCGUAGCUGGAGUCAGUGGAGCUGUUGGGGCCACAACCGUUGCAGGCGCUUUAGAUGUCAUCGCUAUCUCGGAAUCAGAAUUGAAGGAGAUAUUCAUGAAGGCUUGGAAACGUGAGGGAGGUGCAGCUAUGGGUGGCAGUCUGGCCACCGACCUAGCUGGAGUCAGUGUAGCUGUUGGGGCCAUCGUCGAAGGCGCCUUAGAUGGCAUCGAUAUCCCAGCACCAGAAUUGAAGGAGAAAUUCUUGAAGGCUUGGAAACGAGAUCUCGGUGAGACACAACAGGUAAUGACAACGCGGCUUUAGUUCUAGUUUAUUUAUUCUCUUACCUGGACACCUACCUACUUAUGCUUUUAUUACUCACUCAGAUAUGUCAAUUUAGUUAUUAAUACUACGGAAGUAAUAGUAAAUGCAUAAUCAUACUACAAUCUGUA